GCAUCCAUAUCUAACCAUGCCUGAUCCCGUGAAAGCACCGAAGAAGGGCUCCAAGAAAGCCGUCUCUAAGAGCGUCUCUAAGACCGGCAAGAAGAAGAGGAAGACCAGGAAGGAAAGCUACGCCAUCUACGUGUACAAGGUGCUGAAGCAGGUCCACCCCGACACCGGCAUCUCCUCCAAGGCCAUGAGCAUCAUGAACUCCUUCGUGACCGACAUCUUUGAGCGCAUCGCCGGGGAGUCUUCCCGCCUGGCUCAGUACAACAAACGCUCCACCAUCACCUCCAGGGAGAUCCAGACCGCCGUCCGCCUCCUGCUGCCCGGGGAGCUGGCCAAACACGCCGUGUCUGAGGGCACCAAGGCCGUGACCAAGUACACCAGCUCCAAGUAAAGCCGCUGUUGAUACCAACUACAUAAAGGCCCUUUUCAGGGCCACACACUGAUUCAACUAAGAGAACAAUUCCUCCGAAUUAUAACAAACGAAUCCAUUUGUUUUGUGAUAAACACCCUAAAAGCUUCAUUUUAAUGAUUUAGACCCAUAUAAUGUCACUGUUGCCCCAUUCCCCGGGUGUGUUAUAGAGAAGCACCAGGCCUCUAAAGUUUU